UUUAUAUAUAUGUGAUAAUUGAUGGAAGGGUAUGCAUACCCGUAUCCCCCGCCAUUUCUACCAAUGCGGGCCCCCGAGGGGGAAUAUCCUGACCAUGGGGAUGGAUUUGUCGAUUAUUACGGUAUGGAGGAAUUGGACCAAGAUCAUGGACUAGAAAGAAGAUCCAGUCGAUCAAAGUAUCGUAGUCGAAAACACCACGAUACCAGACGCUCUCGAUCGCGUAGCAUCAAUGCAACUAAAUCUAGAUCCCGAUCGAGGUCACGAACGAGGUCCCGAUCGAGAUCCCCAUCGAGGUCCCGAUCGAGGUCCCGAUCGAGAUCCCGAUCGAGAUCACGAUCACGUUCCUGCACAGUAUCGCGGUCUCGUAGUCGCAGUUUAUCUGCUACUCGAAAGCGAACUCUCAAGGAACCUGGGUUUCUAGAUGCUUUCCGAGUACUGUAUUUGACACCGAGCAAACAACAAAGGAGCGCUGCGAAAUAUUUGGCCACAAAAAAGAAGCAGGACCGCGUACAGGAAAUACUGAAGAGUGACGGGUUAGGGUCGAAGCGAUGGCUAUUUUAUCCGCGGUCACAAAACACCGUCUCGGUAACGCAGAACGCGCGACCGGUCGCUGGUUCGCGGGAUAAUUGCGAUCAGAGAGUUAAGAUCGACGGGGACUUUUUUAGGAAAUACAAGCGGAGCAGCAAAGUGGCUACUGAUGCGCCAAUAGCCAAAUUAAAGAGGUGGGAAUUAAUAUUUUAUAAGAAGUUAGGUUUUAUACAGGCCGUUUGAGUUUAGUUACUAUUAUUAUAUAAAUAUUUUACGUUUUUGUGGUUUGUUUUUUUUUUACAUUUUAUGACAUUUUUUACUGUCACUUGGAUCAGUAUUUUGUAUACUUUUUUAUAAACUACGAUCUCGGUGGUCUACUGGUUUAGUACACCUUUUUAUCUUUCAGAUGGUCACGUGUUCAAUUCCUCGCACGGUACGAACAUUUGUAUUCAUGAGUAUGAUUUUUUUGUAUCAAUAUGGAUGUUUUCUAUGUAUAUUAUGUAUGUAUCUUCUUAGCUUGGGACGCUGCGUGAAUUGUCCUUAAAUAUUAAUGUUAUUAUAAUUAUAUUAUGUAUGCAUGUGUAGGUCGUUUUUAAGGGAAUUUAACCGUCAAAUAUUGGAAGAUGAUGUAGCGUAAAAAUCUAAUUAAAGUAAUGAAAUAAUUAUAAGCAGGUCAAUUAAAUCAAGAUACGGCCAUUAUUAUUCUAUUUUUAUUUAAAAGAAAAGCGCACACUUCACAUUUUAAUCCUAAUUACUUACAUAAGAAAAGCACAAUAAAUCUGGAGGCGCUUUAUUUUCUAUAGCAACACUGGAGGGGUGAAACUAAUGGUCCGUACCAAACAGGGAAACUUUUAAAUUAGUACCGAAUCGUGGAGUUAUCGCGCGGAAAAUUGACGUACUCGGUUCAGGGUUGCGGUUUGAGCACACCCUGUAUAUUGUCUUGGUUUCAGUUGCCUGAUAACCUGAACUAGCACAUUUUGUAUUUAGUAUUGUUUUCAAUUGCCUGAUGAAUUCAAACUGGACUAGAGGUAAUGAAGAAAUAAUGGCAAAAGCGAGUUGUUUGGAAUGCUAUAAAGCCAUCAAAGUCACAAAUUUCAGCCAUCUAUAGGCUGAAUACUUAUAUCGUUCG